AUGGGUAGAGUCAGGAAGCCUUAUGAUCGCCAACCCUCGAGAAAUGAUAACAGGCAGUUCGGAUCGAACCGACCUAGGAUACCAGAGUACAACCUCAGCGUCAAACCAACCCAGGUCGUAGCAAUAAUGAAAGGAUUGGGAUCCACCGUCAAGUGGCCUGACAAGCUCCAUCCCGAGGCAAGGAGAGACACAACCAAGUGGUGCGAGUUCCACAAUGACCAUGGGCACAACACCGCAGACUGUAUUGCCUUACGACUCGAGGUUGUCGCACUUCUGAAAAGGGGACAUCUCCGUGAUCUGCUUACUGACGAGGGGAAGAACACUAUUAGCCAGAAAAGCUCCAAAGAACCGUCACCCCCUCCGCGGGAACCCACACCGAAAGGUUUCUGUUCGCUCAUCUCCGGGGGAUCAGAGAUUAGUAGGGUAAGUUACUCAUCGACCAAGCGGUAUGCUAGAGCCAACCACCACCAUGAAAUCCAGUCCAUCCAUCCGGUCUCGCGGUCACACUCUCAUCAGGUAAUUCAGUUUGAAGAUGACGAACAGGCCACCAUGGCUGCUCCUCAUCACGAUGCUUUAGUCGUAUUCCUACAGAUUGCCAACAUCCUAGUGAAAAGGGUGUUCGUAGAUGGAGGUUCAUCAGCAAACAUCCUGUUCCUCGAAGCAGUAAAAGUAAUGGGACUAGAAGAAGUAAACAUUAACAGGCGGCCGAUGCUGCUGGUUGGGUUCAGCUCGGAGUAG